GCUGACAGAGCCCAAAAACAUGGCAUGGAUGAAUUUAUCUCCUCAAACCCGUGCAACUUUGACCACGCUACCCUGUUUGAGAUGCUUCAGCGACUCACACUGGACCACAGACUUAACGACUCCUAUUCCUGCUUGGGUUGGUUCAGUCCUGGUCAGGUGUUUGUCCUGGAUGAAUACUGUGCGCGCUACGGAGUGAGAGGCUGCCAUCGACACCUUUGUUAUCUAGCCGAUUUACUGGAAAGAGCAGAAAAUGGAGCCAUGGUUGACCCAACUUUGCUCCAUUAUAGCUUCGCCUUCUGCGCAUCACAUGUACAUGGCAACAGGCCUGAUGGCAUAGGAACAGUUACAGUUGAAGAAAAGGAGCGAUUUGAAGAGAUCAAGGAAAGACUUCGCUUGCUGCUGGAAAAUCAAAUCACACAUUUUAGGUAUUGCUUUCCAUUUGGCCGACCAGAGGGAGCAUUAAAAGCAACUUUAUCCUUGUUGGAGAGGGUAAGCAGUCAUUUCUCCUUAAAGAAGUGUAAUACUUUCUCCUCUUGCACCAAUAAAUUUGUUAUGGUUAUACCCUUUGAUCAGCUACUCUGA